GGCCAUAUUGUUGAUGUGUCACAUCGGGAGGAGAUCACUCAGACGGACUUGACACUCACUAUUCAUCAAAGCAGCUAGUAUAUGGCAUUUUAAAUGGAUUUAACGUAACCGUGACAGCAGCUGAAGGAGAUCAUGGAGCCUUUGGAUAGUCAGAGCGAACUGAGCCCUGCAUCUGAUCCCUCUCCAAGUCCAGAAGUCAGCACGGGUUUGGAAGGGUCAACCAACGUCCUUAGCAAUGGGAGUGGACCUGUUUUACAAGAACAGGAGGUUGAGGAGCAGACCGAACCUGACAGUCUUGAACUGGAUGCUUCUCUUUCAGGUAGUGUCGACAAAGAAGCUCAAAGACAAGACAUGCACAUGGAAGUACAGGAAGAUGAAGGAUCUGGAGAACAUAGGCAGACUGAUGGGAACAUUAGCUGUGAUAGUGGAACAGCCUCCAUCGAAGACUCCAGGACUCAGGAUAAUGCUGCAGAAUCCCUUUCUGUUAUUCUUGGUGGACAGUUGGAAUGUUCUGGGAUGGAAGAACCAACGGAUGCACUUCCAGAAUCAGAGAUAGAGGAAUCUUCUCCGUCUGUUUUGAAUGGGGCAGAUGAGUUGAAAACAGCCAAUGGGCCGACAGAACUUACCAGAACUCAUAUGAAUCCCACAUCAUCUUCUCAGGGCGAGGAACUGCCUGAUGUUGUUUCAGUGCUUCAAAACUCUCAAACCAACUCCAACUUGAACCCAUACGACACAGAGUGCAGUAGAAAGCUGUUGUCAGAGAUCGAGCGCUCGCUGUCACAGGAGUCUCUGCUGGAUGAAUUGGAGGACGAGCUGUUGAACAGUCAAUCGGAGGGCGUCCGGAAGGGAAGUCCUCCUAAUGGGCUUCAGAAGGACGAGAACUCCAUGGUUUUAUUCGAGAAGUGUGUACAGUACAAGUACUCUCAGCAGGAGAAAGCCAUCAAGGGGUUGCUUGAAGAGAAUAAGAAACAUCAGGAGCUUAUACUGGGCAUCUGCUCUGAGAAAGACAACAUGAGGGAUGAGCUGAAGAAGAGGAUGGAGACAGAGAAACAGCAUCUUUGCACCAUUAAGAAGUUUGAUAGCCGGGUGGAGGAACUAACGAAAGAACUAAAAGACUCCAGAGACAAACUGGUUCACCAGGAUCAGGCCGCUAAAAAUGCCAUACAGCAGAUGCAGAGGGAGAUGGCCUAUAGACUCGAACAGGCCAAUAAGAAAUGCGAGGAGGCUCGUCAGGAGAAGGAAACGAUGGUCAUGAAGUAUGUUCGAGGUGAAAAGGAAGCGCUAGAUCUUCGGAGGGAGAAGGAACAGCUGGAGAAAAAGCUACGGGAAGCCACAGCAGAAGUAGACAAACAGGCCCGGCGGGGAAACACGCUGGCCCAGGAGAAAGGACGCCUGCAGCAGCUCUAUGACGCCAAGGAGAAUGAGGUGACAAGACUUACACGCGAGCUGGAGAAAGUCAAGGAGGAAAUUAAUUCUCACGUCAUCAAAGUAAAGUGGGCUCAGAACAAACUAAAGAGCGAAACGGACACUCACAAGGAAACAAAAGACAGAUUAAAGGAAACGACGGCCAAGCUGACUCAAGCAAAAGAAGAGACGGAGCAGAUUCGCAAAAACUGCCAGGACAUGAUCCGCACGUACCAGGAAUCUGAGGAGAUUAAGUCAAAUGAAUUGGAUGCAAAGCUGCGAGAGACCAAGGGAGAGCUGGAGAAGCAAAAACAAGAGCAAACAGAUCAGCUAGAGAUGCACAAAGCAAAGAUUAAGGAGUUGGAGGAUCUGAAGAGGACUUUUAAAGAAGGCAUGGAUGAACUGACCACCCUGCGAACCAAGGUUAAGUGUCUGGAGGACGAACGACCCCGCUGGGAAGACGAGCUCUCCAAAUACAGAGAGAUCAUUAACAGGCAGAAGGCUGAGAUCCAGAACCAGAGGGAGAAACUCACUGCCAUCACUAGACUAGAAGAGCAGCACCAGAGGGAUGAGCAGGAGAUUGCGUCCUUGCAGGAGGAGGUGGAGAAUCUAAACUCUCAGAUCACUGACCUGCAGCGGGACAUUGAAGGCAGCAGGACGAGAGAGGCAGAGCUUCUGGGCUUUACUGAGAAACUGAGCAGUAAAAAUGCUCAGCUCCAGUCUGAGAGCAACAGCUUACAGGCUCAGCUGGACAGACUGAACAGCAGCUCCAGAGAGCUGCACAACAAACUAGAGGACACUGAGAGAUGCCUCUCUGAUGUGACGGACAGACUGAAGAGAGAGGAACAACAGAGGCAGGAGGACGUUCUGGCAUUACAGACAGAGAGAACGUCACUGCAGACAGAGACAUCGCAACUAAAGACUCGUGUAGAGGAAUUACGAGACGAACUGGUCACACAGAAGAGAAAACAGGCAGUCAACAUCAAAGACCUCACCAAGCAACUCCUGCAGGCUCGGAAGAAGCUGGAGCAGGUGGAGAACGGAGGAUGUGAUCGAGAGGGCAGCAGUAUGGGCAGCCGCUCCAGUUCCUCAGCUUCAAGACACCUCUUGUAUGGAGAAUGGAAUCACAUGAAUUUCACAGGCUCUCUGAAUGCACGGGGCAGCAGUAUGGACGAUCGUUCUCCAGAGAAUCAGUCCAGUUCUUCGGUGGUAGUGGUGGACAGCUUCCCAGAGGUGGACAAAGCUGUGUUGGUGGAGCGUAUUGUUAGACUACAGAAAGCGCAUGCGAGGAAAAAUGAGAAGAUUGAAUUCAUGGAGGACCACAUCAAGCAGCUGGUGGAGGAGAUCAGGAAAAAAACAAAGAUUAUCCAAAGUUAUGUGCUUAGAGAAGAGUCUGGAGCUCUGUCUUCAGAAGCCUCCGAUUUUAACAAAGCCCACCUGAGCCGGAGAGGAGGCAUUAUGGCCUCGCUCUACACCUCCCACCCUGCUGACAGUGGCCUUACUCUCGACCUUUCGCUGGAAAUCAACCGCAAACUCCAGGCUGUGCUAGAGGACACCCUGCUUAAAAACAUCACACUAAAGGAGAAUCUCCAGACGUUGGGUUCGGAGAUUGAACGACUAAUCAAACAGCAAAGGCUGCCGGAUGAUAAAGCCGGAAGGAAGUGAAAUCAUUGGAGGAGGAAGACUGCUACAGUAAACAGCACAUUCUGUCCAAUCGAGCCCGUUACGAAACCAUGUACUCCGUUUGGAAUCAAAACUGUGCUUUUUUUUUCCCCAUCAGACAACUUCAGUCUGACAAAUACACUGGAGGCACAGUUUGCGAUCUUUGAGAUGCUUACAUGACAAUUGAAUGGAAUGCAAAGAGAUUAACAAGAUUGGCUUUUAUUCACAUUGUGCCCAAUAACUAUCCAACUUUUCCGUCCCCCAUAAUGCAGCCUCGAUGAGUGGCGGUCGUCAGGUUCAGAGCAGCACUGCAGUCCUAAAUGCAACACCCUGAAGUUGGGUAGAUGAGAGAAUAUUCUCAUCAGUGUGACCUCACUCACUUUUGAAGAACAAAAUGUCCUGGACUAAUGGAGAAACGCAGAUUCUGCAGCUCUUUAUAGAGCCUUUCAGAGGCUAUUCAAUGCAUCGUGGGUUAAUGGCCGCUUCUCGCCGCUCUCAUUUCCCCCCCUCUUGCAAACGUGCCAAUUAAUGAAUGUAUUAUGUAAUGAAAAGGACCCUUGCGUGUAAGACACACAGCUCUGACCCGGGAGUGUGGGCAACAUUCCUCAUUCACACUGCUGCUCUGUUUCUGCUACACCCGGAUAGCAUUAUCUCUCGCUAAGCACUUAGGCGAGAACGGCCAUGCCAAAAACUACAGUAAAAUACAUUAAUCAGACUGAAUAACUACAUCUCAGAACUUUCAAUUCAUCUAGGGCUAGUCUUAAGGGAGCUUGUGGAUUUAUUAUCAGCUCGUUCUCUUUGGAUUAAGUUGUAAUUAAAUAUUAUUUUUGCUUCCCCCCCCUUUUCUACCUCUUCUUAUGGUUUUUUUGUAUAAAUGUUUUUAUUUUUCUGUGUUCUGUCUCUCUUUUUUAAAAAAAAAAACAUUAGUUUACUAGUGUGGAUGCAUUUUUUUUUGCUCCCAAUAGAUACAAAAGUAUAACUUCCCUGUGAAAUGAAGAAUAAUAUGUAUAUAUUAAGGGCAAAAGUGCAAUUUUAACCCCCCUUUUUGUUUGUUCGGCUAAGUCGUAAUCACCCCGGCCAGCGUCCCAUUAGAGACUCCAGCAAAACACCCGAUUUCAUGGCGAUGUAACAUAAGGUACGCAACUUCAUACAGAGUUGAAUCCAUUCCAACCUUUGAAUUGUGACCGCCUAAGGCAUCGCUGGUUUGCUUUUCCCUUCUGUCUCUUUUUGAAGCGAUGCAUGAUGAAGAAUCACCCUAUCGGACUCCACUGAUGGAUUUACGCCUUUAGAACUUGUAGGCAGCCAUUUGAUGAUUGGUAGAUCGCAAUCAUUUUAGUGCCAUCUUGGGUUUCCUCCCACUUGAGCCGCUAUUGAAAGUAAAAUCACACCCGUGCACUGUGAUAAAGGGUUUAUAAUAACUUGACAUACCGCUAUAUAAGCCUGUCAAGGUCAUAUCAGCCGUUCCAACAUUGAGAGCCUGUGCUGUUGCUCUCAACACUCCCAAAUCCCAAACACAUUGCAGACAUUCCGGAAAACACAGGAUGAAGGAAAUGAUGCAAUGCUUGCAGUAAAAAUAAGCAUUUACACAGAGCUCUUAUUAGCAAAAAUCGAGACUCUCUGAAUCUGUUGAUAAUUUAUCGGUGUGCUUUACAUUCAUUAUUUAUUUAAUGUCUCAAAACAGACGAAAGCUCUCUUGAAGUGUGAAUGUUUGUGAAUGGCCAAUUGAAACUGAAGAAGAAAAAAAAAAUCACGUGUUGAUUCUGUCUCUGGUUCGUCACUUGUACUCUGCUUGAUUGUAUAGUGAGUGAAACUGUGAUUAUAAAUUUGUAGAUAUAUUGUACAAUGGUCCAAUGUUUUUAAAGUCUUCUGUAUAUACGUAUGGCCUUUAAAGCGGAUUAAAUGAAAAUAUUAUGAUCACGCA